CUCCCGUUUCUCGUUUCGGACACAACUCGAUGGUCUCUCCCCGGCCGGUGACUUGCCCGAUAAGGUGCGUGACGGGACCACCCGAAUGCAUGCUCCUCACUCGAGUUAACCGGCGUCCGACUUGGUGAACGCUCCCUCAACGCACCUGCCAUGUUCUCCUCACUCUUCUCCACGUCUGCACCGGUCGAUCCGAAGGCGCCCAAUUUCCACCCUGUCGAUGUAGGGAAGGGUGCACAGGACCUCUUCGGUGAACUCGAGCCGAAGGAUAUCGAAUGGACAUGCCCAGGAGGCUUUACAGUCGAGACGCAAAUAUGGUACCAUAUGCUGGACGACGGGUCGUCCCUGAUGUGCCAAGUAAUUCACUCCGCCGUUGGCGUGUGGUACCCUACUAUCCAGUUCACCUGCAAGCUCUAUAACCCGAAGACGAAGCAGCGCGUCUGGAAGUCUAUCAACGUCAGCAAUUUUGUUACCCCGCCUCCAGGCCUCGAUAAACGCUCGAGCAAGGCCGAUCAAUUCAGCAUUACACACAAAGACCACCCAGGAGACGAGUUCGCGGAGUCCUACGCUAUCCGGGUCAACCUCGCAGACGACCUGCAGAUCUCCCUCGAUGUUCGUCGCCCCGCGUCUGCGCCAGGCUGGAAGGUUGGCAAGGGCCCCAAGGGCGGCUUCUCGUACUUCGGGCAUGACGUCGCGAACCCUGAGGGAUAUGUGAUCCACCGAUUCUGGCCGCUGACCACUGCCACGGGAACCAUCAUCCGCAGCGGGCGCGCGGAGUCUGUGAAGGGCCCCGGCAUGUUCGUGCACGCCAUACAGGGCAUGCGACCCAACCUCGUCGCGGCGCGCUGGAACUUCGCGCACUUCGUUAGCGAGGCGCACGGCGGGUGCAGCGCCAUCCAGAUGGAGUUCACCACGAUCGACGCGUACGGUCGCCACGGUGCAGGCUCCGGCUUCGUCUCUGUCAACGUCGGCUCGCUGGUCCUCGGCGGCAAGCUCGUUGCUGUGACGGCUGAGACGAAGUACCCUGACGAGCCACUCCCGGAGACAGCGGAGGUGAUGUCGCGUGCCGUGCACUCGAAGACAGCCCACGACGCGGAUACGGGCUACAACGCCCCUACGGAACUGACGUUCCGAUGGGCCGCUCCGUCAAUCUUGCCUGAUGCUCCGGGCAAGCUGGACGCGACGCUCGUCGUCGAUGUUGGACAGCCCAACGCGUACAACGGACUCGUCGAGAAGGUCGAUGUGUUGGCGGAGAUCCCGACUGUGAUAAAGACGAUGAUCGCGUAUGCGGCGGGUACCAAACCCUACAUCUACCAGUGGUUCAACCCCGGCAAGCUUACCGUGAACGUCCCGAGCGGGCUCCUCCCGGACGCGUCUGGCUCGGUAGAGAUCGAAGGCAUCAUCUACAAUGAGGCAACCUUCAUUUCUUGAGAGGCAACCUUCGUCUCCUGAGAGGCAACAAAUGGCUAC